GAAUGAUGCAAUAGAUAAAGGAGAAAGGUGGUAUUAUAUAUUUGGCAUCCCAGCCCGAGGCUCGCUCAGCCAACCUCACCACGGUCUUUGUGGCGGCAACACCCUGCGACCUCAUCUUCAUUUCUGCGUCCUGACCACCCAAUUAUUAACAGUGAAGCCAGCAGAUAGCAGAGCAGCAGCAGCAGCAGCAGGCAGCCCCGAGCAGCAGCAGCAGCAGCAGCGAGUCGCCAUUCUGCCGUGCCGAGCAGCGGACGCGGGCGCUCCUCUCCCUCUUGCCGCAUCGCCAGCCCUCGACGGCACUUUCAUGAUUUUAUUCAGUUGGCACAAGGGACACAUAUCCCCUGGAAACUGUAUAUUAUCAGUGGAGCCGUUUGGAGGCUUGCUGACACAAUCUUGUAUGUGUGCGUGCGCCUCAGACACUCCCCUUGAUAUUAGAAAUAGGCAGUUUUCCAGCAACCGGCAUCGUAAACUGCAGCCAUUCAGGACCUCGUGACUUCAGCAAGCCACCCACCCAGACAGACAUCAUCCCAUUGCGUAUUGGCACUAGCUGUUGUGUGUGCUUUAUUUGGUUGUCGUAGCUGUUGUCCCUCAAAGGGCACCAAGAACCCACUUAUGCUGUUUAUAAACCAAGAGACCAGCGGAUCGGUGAAAAGAACCACAAGAGGUACCUCUUCCUUCGGGACAACUCCCGAUACAUAGACUCUGGAUGUGGCAUCCCCACUCCUCCCAGCCCCUGCUGUCUCCCCUAGUUUCCAUCAGGAGUUUUAUGGGUGUUCGCAAACCGCAUGACCAACUCAGCAAGUGAACCCCAAGUGACUGACUUCAUGCUCUACUUAGGAAGCUGCUCCUGUCCAGACUUGUGACUCCACUGAACACCUCGCAUCCCUAACAGCCUGUGUGGCCAUAACAUUACUUGCCACUUGAUCUAAGGAACACCAACCCAACAAACCACCAAGAUGAGUUACAACGUGAACCGUAACGUGAUGGACGCCUUCUACCGGUACAAGAUGCCCAAGAUCAUGGCCAAGGUAGAGGGCAAAGGCAAUGGCAUCAAGACUGUUGUGGUCAACAUGUCGGACGUGGCCAAGGCUCUUGGUCGUCCCCCAACCUAUCCUUGCAAGUACUUUGGCUGCGAAUUGGGCGCCCAGACCCAGUUUGACACCAAGAAUGACCGUUACAUCGUCAACGGCUCCCACGAUGCAGCCAAGCUGCAGGACCUUCUCGAUGGAUUCAUCAAGAGAUUCGUCCUCUGCCCCAAAUGUGAAAACCCUGAAACUGUCCUCUUCCCUAAUGAGAAGAAGGGCAUAAUCAAGCAGUCUUGCAAGGCGUGUGGCCACCAAGGGAUGCUGGACAUGAAGCACAAACUCACCACCUUCAUCCUCAAGAAUCACCCAGACACCAAGCCCAACACACCUGGCACAGCCCUGACCAAGAGGAAGGAUCACUCCAAGAAGACUGAGAAUGGCCAGAAGGAUUCUCUGCGUCCCCAUUCUCCUCGUGCUGAAAAGUCUGAUGCCUCAGACAAUGACAUGAACGGGGACACUGAGGAUGUAGAUGAUGAGGACUGGAGCCUUGAUGUUAGUGAAGAAGCCAUGAAAGCAAGACAGAAGAUCCUGACUGCAGGAGUGAAAAGCCUCACCAUUACCAAUGACAUUGAGAAGACACAGAGUGAACGUUUGGAAGUGUUCUUUGAGUACUGCAAGACCAAGAUUGAUGAGGGGGAGCUGAAGCCUGGAGCCAAGGUAUCCAUCUAUAAGGACAUUGCUGGUGAGGCUGAGAGGCUGGACAUCAAGGAGAACAAGGCUGUCAUGGUGCUGGUGGAACUUCUGCUGGAUGAGAACAUCAUCAAGCAGAUUCCUCAGUACCGCAUUCUGUUGGUGCUGUUUACUCAUGGCAACCCUAAGAGUCAAAAGUACUUCAUUGGUGCUGUUGAGAAACUGAUAGAGCUGAACAAGGACACCCUGCUCUCCAAAGUGCCCAUAAUCUUCAAGGCUAUGUAUGACCAUGAUGUGAUUGAGGAAGAAGUACUGCUGGACUGGGGCAAGAAGGUCUCCAAGAAGUAUGUGAGCAAAGAGACGGCAGCUGAGAUCCAUGCUAAGGCCCAGCCCUUCCUGAAGUGGCUGCAGGAGGCUGAGGUGGAGGAGACCACAGAAGAGGAGGAGGAAGAUGGGAAUGUAGAGUUUGAUGUUCAUGCAAAGAGCGAGAGCCUGAAGGAACAAGAGGCCAAGAAGGCUGUCGAUAACCAGCCCGUGGUUGCUGAGGCUCCUAAGACUGCUGGGCCUGGGGAGGAGGAUGAUGACGAAAGUGACCUGGAUAUUGACAAUCUGUGAGCAGGAACACCAUCACACCGAGGGGGAGGGAAAGCAAGCAAGCAGCAGGCUAGAUUGGGGUUUGUUCACUGCACUAUGCUAUGGAUUGAGCUUUUUUCUGAAAUACUAGUUUAUUCAAGCAGCUUAUUCACUCAAGGCAGUUACUUUGCAAAAUCCUCAACUUUUGUAGCUUUUCAUUUGUUUAUUUCUAUUUCUCCCUUUCUCUCCAGAGAUUGGUAUACUUAAUCCAUUAGCAUUGUGCUUGAAGUGCAUACUCUCCUCCACUCUAGUGACAUUUUACUUGUGUGGUUUCAAGUUAGCAAAUUUGUUCCAUUGCUUUGUCAUGUAGGCAGACUAUUCACCGUUGAGACAUUUCAUGUACUAGACUUAGAACUACACAAGUAAAACUCAUACUCAUUUUGCACAAGGCAUAAGAUAUAAAAGUAUGUAGAGAUGUUUUUGUUCUGAAUUUUAGAGUUUAACCAACUUAAAUCUUGGUGAAAAUCACAAUUUUGGAGUCAUUGUUUGCAUUUGGGCAGAAGUAUAUAUUUCUGGCCUGACAAAAUAUGCUAUUCAGAAUAUUCCUGGUCUUAAUAUAUGUAUUCAUAUAUGCAUAUAUACAUCUAUAUAAUACACACAUAUAUACAACCUAUUAGUUACAAUAGGAAAUAUAGUGAAGAUCUCCAGCCUCUUGGCUAAUAAUCACACAAAGCUUUUAGGUAGCGUUGUCCAAGGUAACAUCAUGCAUUUAUGACCAUUGGUAAUGCCUAGUUGGGAGGGUGGGCGCACCUCCAGGGUGGAUGCCCUCCCUUCACUAGAGGUGCGUAGAAGAGAGUCAGUUACUCGCUGUUACUGUGUGUAUCACUCCUGUUUUCCUGCAUUGUUACUUGGUGUUUGGGCCUCUUGCAAGUAAUCAGUAUAAAUGUUUUCAAGCUCUAAUAACUUAUGAAAUGUCAUAUUAAAUACAGCUUGUGGGUUCUUGUGUAAUGUAAAGCAUAUGACUGUCAAUAAUUAUUGCUCUACUCAAUUGCAAACAUCCUAGUGAGUGUGGCAGUGGAUGAUAUCUAAAUGUGGAGGUGGGCUGUGGUGGAGCCAGAGGUGCUGCACCGGCAGUAACCCGAGUGCAGUGGCUCCUGGUUUGGAUGCCCAGCCCCCCCCGCAUGUGUUUGUGGUGUGGCGGCUUGAUUAUACUCAACAUACUACAUACAGUACUAUGAAACUGUGAUCUUAGUUUGACUGGUGAGGGGAAAUACCAAUUAGGUGAGAGCACGGCAACUCUUUAUUUUCCUUGACCCUUUAUAUUUCAGUUAUUUUCUUUUCUCCACUUCCUGAGACAUAUAUACAUCUGGUUAUAUCCCCUUAGCCGUAUCAUGUGAUAGACUAGGGAACAUAGAGAUCAAGCCACUUGUACAUAGAUGGAGAAGCAUAAUCAUAGGGAUAGCACAUUUUUUUGGCUGGUUUAGUUUGGGAAAGCAUCAAGGUUGUUUUUGAAAGACAUGGUAUUUUGAGUCUUUAUUCGUUCUGUUACUUAAGGGCAAAGGGGAGUUUAGUUAUCAUUGAGGAGUGAUUUUUUUUUUUUUUUUCUGCUUUUGGUUUUGAAGAAAAAAAGAAUUGUUUAGAUUUUUUAUUGCUGUCAAAAAGGUUACAGCACAGUGAAGACCUUGGCUGUUGUACACCUAGUGCUGUAUCAAAAGAAUUGGAGUGAACUCUGUCCCGCUGACGUGACUUGGAGUGUACGAUGGGCGGCUGCCACUCACCACCUUGUCGCCAUUGUUUUUUCUUCCUCUUUUUAGAUAUUAUUGUAAAGCUGAUUGAUAAUUGUUGCAGCAUCA